AUGAAAGUUAAUCAUACAAAAAUUAUUUGUUUUUUUUUGUUAAUUAUAUUUGCUGAAUGGAUCUUGCUUAAAAUAGAUAGUAGCGAAAAUGGUAUAGUUCAUCGUUUAAACUUAAGUUUUAUAAGAGUUAGAACUAAAUCAAUAUUUGACACAUUUUCAGGAGUUACAGGAGGAAAUGGAGAAUUUAGGUCAGGAUGGGGAAAUGUUAUUUCAAAUGCCAUUUCAUUGACAUUUCCUUCUUCUUGUGUGGGUCAAUUGAUAAAUAUUGGAUACUUGUCUAGUGAGUUAGAUGAAGAUGACUACCCUUUUAAUCCAAAUUGUGGGGCUCAAAGUCAAUCCAAUAAUCUGUGCUUCCCAGGAAAUAGUUUGAUAAUUACUAAAGAAAGAGGAGAAAUUGAGUUGAAAGAUUUGAACAUUGGAGAUCACAUAUUAAUAAGAGAUUUAAACACAAUGGAGUUAAGAUAUAGUAAAGUUGAAAUAAUGCUACACAAAGAUAAAAAUCUGUAUUUUAAUGAUGAGUGGAUCCAAGUAGAGUAUUUAGGAAUGAAGGAACCUUUAGUUCUAUCUCCAAAUCAUUUAAUAUUCACACAAUAUCUUGGUGAAACCCCACAGGAGGGAAAUUGUUUGAAUCCUAAGCUAAUUGAAAACGUCAUUGGAGUUGAAACCACUCCUUUACUUGAGAAAAAAAGGGAUAUCUAUUCCAUCCAAGCAAAAGACAUUCAAGUUGGGGACUCGGUAGUAAUUUAUUCAAAAGAGCGAGUUAGUUGGGUAACACGAGUCUCACUCAUUUCUAAUGUGAAAAAUAAACUAAAAGAAUACAAAUAUAUUGGUAGAUAUGCUCCGCUCACAGCUGAUGGUUAUUUAAUUGUAAAUGGGGUUUUGGUCUCAAGCUAUAGCAAACCUUUCCCUUGGCCUAUGGACCUACUGAAUCCUUCUCAUAGGUUUAUAGAUCUUCUUGCAAGACCAUUUAUUAAUGCAGAAAUCCAUUUCCAAAAAAUCUUUGAGUACACAAAAAGGGAAAUAAAGUGGAUUCUAAGAUUUAUUAGCAGUAUUUCAUCAAAAUAUACAUUUGAUCAAAGCAUUGCACUUUCUUUAGAAGUUAUAAGGGCAAUUUCUCUUCUUAUCAAGUAA